CACUACCACCCCCCCCCCCUUCCUUUUGCAAAACAGAUCCGACAUUUGUAUAUUUGGGGCAUUCCAUACAGCUUUCCUAUCUGACACAAUCCGCCCUUCCCUUGUGGCCUAACUGCGGCCAACCCCCCCUCCCCCCUUGUGGUCAUGUCUUCCCUCUUCGAUGCCGUGCUCCAAUCUGAGCUGGGCUCAACUGCCGGCUCUCGCGAUAGUCGGGGGCUUCAUUCGGAUCAAUUGCCCAGUUCACGGCCACAGCCUAUGUCCGAAAGCAAUGCCCCAAUGAGUGAUGCGCAUGCUUUCCCCGACGACCAAGUUGCGGAGAACAACGGCUCGACGGUGACCCGUUUGCGAAAUCCCUACCUCCCUGGCCCACCUCCGGUUGUCGACCUUGCAGGUGAGAAAGUGCAGCAAGCCUUUGAGGAAUUGCUAGAGAAUUAUAUGGAGGAACAGCAAGCACCGACCCCUCACCAACCACAAUCUUCCCAACUUAGCAAUAAGUACUACAUUGCUCAAAUCCAUGGAAUGGCAAAAUGGGAGCUGUCCACGCUCUAUGUGGACUUUACGCAUCUUACUUCGUUGGAUAAUCCGAUUUUAGCAGAUGCAAUUGCAAACCAGUACUAUCGGUUCCAGCCGUUUUUGAUCAAGGCUUUGCAUAAUCUAAUCGCAAAAUACGAACCGGAAUAUUUCGUCUCGCAUCGGCAGGCAACCAGUAGCGUCUCCUCCCAGGCUGGCACAUCUAUGGUGGCUGGAAACGCCAGCGUGUCCGACGACCCUAACCUCGCACGUACUAUUCGUGAAAAAACUCGACACCAACAGACUGAUAAGCUGUUCUCUCUUGCCUUCUACAAUUUGCCUCUAGUAUCGAGACUCCGACAGCUCCGCACCUCGCAGAUCGGAAAGCUACUUUCGAUCUCCGGUACUGUCACACGAACAUCUGAGAUUCGACCAGAAUUGUCGCUUGGAACCUUUAUCUGUGAGGCCUGCAGGACAGUUUGCACCAACGUGGAGCAAACUUUCCGUUACACGGAACCCACACAAUGCCCCAAUACUGUUUGUGGAAACCGACAAGGAUGGCGUCUGGAGAUCGGGAAGAGCACCUUCGUUGAUUGGCAGAAGGUGAAACUCCAGGAAUCUUCGCACGAAAUCCCCACCGGCAGCAUGCCCCGAACCAUGGACGUGAUCUUGCGUGGUGAAAUGGUCGACCGGGUCAAGGCUGGUGAGCGGUGUAUCUUUACCGGUACCCUCAUUGUGAUUCCUGAUGUCAGCCAGCUGGGACUCCCUGGUGUGCGACCUGAGGCAGUGCGGGAUAACAGCGCCUUCCGCAGCAACGAUGUCGGUGGUGGAGGAGUUAGUGGACUUAAAGCUCUUGGUGUGAGAGAUCUCACGUACAGACUAGCGUUUUUGGCCUGCAUGGUAACACCGGAUACCACAACUCCUGGGCAACAGCCAAAUCAACAUUUGAGCGGCCAAUCGGACCGAAUUUUGGGAUCCCUCAAUCAGAACCCAGACCCAGAGCCUAACGACGAUAAGGCGCAAGAAGCAUUGCUCCAGAGUUUGAGCCCAUCCGAUGUCCAAGAUUUGAAAAAGAUGGUUCAUUCCGAAUAUAUCUACUCCCGAUUGGUAGACUCAAUCGCUCCUAUGAUAUAUGGUCACCGUCAAAUUAAGAAAGGACUGCUCCUGCAGCUGGUCGGAGGAGUUGCCAAAAGCACCGAGCAGGAGAAUUUGCAACUCCGUGGUGACAUCAACAUCUGCAUCGUUGGUGACCCAUCGACAAGCAAGAGUCAAUUCCUGAAAUAUAUCUGCUCCUUGCAUCCCCGUGCCGUUUACACCAGUGGUAAAGCCUCCUCCGCGGCAGGUUUGACCGCAUCAGUGGUGAAAGAUGCGGAAACCGGAGAAUUCACUAUCGAAGCCGGUGCUCUAAUGUUAGCUAACGGUGGUGGUAUUUGCGCCAUUGAUGAGUUUGACAAGAUGGAUAUUAGUGAUCAAGUUGCCAUCCACGAAGCCAUGGAACAGCAGACCAUCUCUAUCGCCAAGGCCGGUAUUCACACCACUCUUAAUGCGCGUGCCUCGAUUCUCGCCGCAGCCAACCCAGUUGGCGGCCGCUAUGACCCCAAGACCACCCUUCGCGGCAACCUCAACUUUAGUGCUCCGAUUAUGAGUCGUUUCGAUUUGUUCUUUGUGAUCCGCGAUGAGCCCAAUGAGUCGGUAGAUCGCAGUCUAGCGGACCAUAUUGUCAACGUGCACAUGAACCGCGACGAGGCUGUCCAACCGGAGUUUAGCACUGAGCAGCUACAACGCUACGUCCGUUUCGCCAGAACCUUCCGUCCCGUCUUCACUGAGGAAGCCAAGGUUCUUCUCGUUGAGAAAUACAAGGAGCUUCGCGCCAACGAUGCUCAGGGCGGCAUGGGGCGCUCCUCAUACCGUAUUACUGUCCGUCAGCUCGAGUCCCUCAUUCGUCUCUCUGAAGCGAUUGCCAAGGUCAACUGCGUUGAAGAAAUCGUCCCCAAGUUUGUGCGUGAGGCGUACGACCUUCUCAGGCAGAGUAUUGUCACCGUUGAGAAAGACGAUGUCGAGGUUGAGGAUGACGAAGAUACUACGGCGGGACGUGCGGACGAGGAAGACCACGAUAUCAUGGAUCGUGACCGGGAUGGAGACAGCCCGAUGCGCGAGGAAGGAGAGCAAGCGCCGCCGCAGCCACAACAACGACUCAAGACCAAGAUUACAUACGACAAGUACAUGAAGAUUCUGAACCUCUUUGUGAGACGCAUCCGUGAGGAUGAGUCCCAGUCCGGUGAAGGUGUCGAAGAAGAAGAUCUGCUGGUCUGGUACCUCGAGCAGAUCGAGGCCGAGCUGAACAACGAGGAGGAUUUGCAACGUGAACGCGGCCUCGCCGUGAAGGUUUUGAAGCGCAUGGUAAAGGAUAACAUUCUCAUGCCCAUUCGCGGAGAAGGUCUAGUUGAAGACGCCAGUGAGACUCACUCCCAACGAACUGUCUACGUGCUGCAUCCCAAUUGCGCCAUUGAUGAGGAGUAACUUUUUUUUUUGGAUGUUCGGGACUUUGGCAGGUAAAGGAUAAUGCUUUGAGCAAGGAGUAAAAUGCAAAAUAAUAGCAUGGGAGCAAGUGGUUAUGAAUGAUGAAUUUUUUUUUUUUUUCUCGGAAUCUGAUCGUUAAUAUAUGGAUUUCCGGCGAUAUCAUAUCAUAGAUACACUAGGUUUGGCUGAACAUUAAUUCAUUAAUUUGAGUGUGAAUCACAGC